AUGGUUUUCUAUCCUACUCCUAAGUUUAUUUCGAAAACCGUCGUUAAGAAGGCCGAUCCUUACGAGUGGAGCGAGCGCGACAAGCGCGUGUUGGAGGUGGCUACCACGCCGACUUGCCUGCGCUGCGCACAGAACGUAGCGACUGGCAAAAAACUUUGUAAAAAGCUAGAACAGAAGCGCUGUGGCUAUUGUGUUAAGGGCAAUUGUAGCGGUUGCUCCCUUGUUCCUAGGGAUAUAGUUAGCAAGCUCAACUAG